AUGGGCAGGCGGAACAGAGCACUCACACAAAGUCUCUGUCUCCUUGAAUCGAUAUCCGUCCCUCACCCCAUUAGCAGCCGAUCCCCCUCACACCUGCUCCGUCCACUCUCCCAAUUUACGGAUUUCUCUUACGCGAAACAUGCGAGCAGAAAGCGAUGCACCGUCCAGAACUACCCUCCACUGCCUACACUCAUUCAAUCCUCAUCUCCAGUUCUUCCUCCCUCCAGCAUGGCUCAGAAGCUCCUACUUCGCUAGCCCAACCUCGGCCCUAUCUCGCCUCUCGUACACCCCGGAAUCCUCACCACAGCGCUCUAGCAUUUCGGCGGUCUGCGUUUCUUAGGCGAACCACCAGUUUCCUUUCUUAGCCAUCUUUUCCUGGGAAUGUAACGU